AAUAAGGUUGCGGCGCGGGACGGCGAGGCACGCCCCACCCCCGCACGGUUGGCGCUACGAACGCGCUACUACUACUACUAUUUACAGCACCUUCCGUCCAACACUAUCGGCAAGCGAAGCAGGCGAAGACAUGCCGACGAGAAGAAGGUUGGAAGGGUGUGUCGCGCUCACUUCCGGACUCGAUGGUCGCGCAUAUGCACCGUUGCGCUCUCGCCUCGUUCCUGCGCGACCAGACAAAACCGACUGAAGAUCAAAGCCUCAAAGGGGAAAUACUGCCACCACCAUCACUACCACCACCACCACCAAUACGUAACAGCCUGCACUCACUCGGCGCCCCCGGCCGCAAGGCGAGGCGAUAAGGUCCCAGGACGUUAGUCGCCGCAGGUGAUCAGCCCCAUUCGGGCGGCGCACGGGUUGCGCAUCGCCGCAGCCCCCACCCCGAAGGACGUCAUCCCUGGGCCAAGUCAAGCCGGGAGCAGGACGACCGCAGUAGUUGCCACUGCGAACAAGAGCACUCUACCGCCGCGAAAGUAAGUCGCUUUGCAAACCACCAUGGCGCCGCAGCAGCCUGGGACGAGAGAAGGGACGCACGCACGCACCCGGUCAACCUGCCACAGGCAGCCAUCACAAAGUGAGUCGGACUCGGGAUGCGGCAGGGCAGCUUUGCUCGCCUUCACCAAAGCGUGGCGUCUCACUGGCGUUCUUGCACCAACGCAAAGAUGACACCCAUUCGCAAAGUCUAUAUCCAGCGGGUGUUCAGCCUGGGGGGGCGUUCGCCGUCAGCUGGGCCCCCUUGCAAACAUCUGGUCAAGCGUUGGUGACUGGCGCCGCCCCUCGGUGAUCGUCGUCAUGCAGUCACAGUCACGCGUCACCAGCGCGCUCUCAUCCCAGGGGGGGGCUUUACACACACUUCCCCUUCAGCUCCCUCCCAGCUCGGAAAGACAGCUCACGCUCAUCUCGCUCCCCCCUUUCUGGUGCUCGCCGUUUCUCUUCUACUUCACGGCCCCCCCCCCUCCAGAAUCAGGCACGCAAGACAGAGGCGCAAGAACCGCGCCCCCCUCCUGGCUAUACCUGGUGACUUGGUCGUCGCCACAAUCAAAACCCUUCGGGCAUCGAAUACGCAGGCACGAGCCGCUUCAGCGGGAGUCACAGCGUUGAGCAUCUGAUCCAAACAAGGCUUUACGAGGCGAGUACGGCGACACUGGGUGUGCGCGCGCGCAACACAGCAACACAGGUAGUGGGUUUACUUGAUAUCCUGUUCCAUCCCGUGGGCGACCUGCGCUCCCACCCCCCCCUUUUGGUUUACCAUGACGGUAAACGACUUCAAUCCAUCAUCCUUUGCGGGCGCGAUGCAGCUGCGCACAAGAAAAGAGAAAAAGUUCGACGAGGUCGAGUCCAACCUCCCCGACCCGCGCAAGCCCAAGCUCGAGACGACGCAGUUCUUCUUCAGCGCGCGCGGAUGGCUCGACCGGCUCGGCAACCUCAACCCGUUUGGGAGGGCGGUGACCAACGACGACCUGGUGUGGCUCCUGGACAACACGGCCUUUAAGAGCGACGGUGGUAGCGGCGGUUCGUGGCAGGCCGAGUUCGUGGCGGCCGUCUUCGAGCGCGAGCCGCGCGGCAAGGUCGUCGACAUGGUGACGGGCAUCGUGCGGGCCGUGGGCCUCGCCGACGACGCGGACGAGCGCAAGACGGUCGAGGAGCGCAUCGUGCCGUUCCUCUGGGACAUACGGCCGCUGCGAACCGUCGCCGUGACGCAGCACCACCAGCACCACUACACUCGCCGCGGCGGCGGCGGCGAGCUCAAGCUCGGGCCGACAAACGUCAACGGCCUGUCGUCCAACGUGCUGGCGGUGCCGAGCGGCAGUGGCGGCUCGCUCGUCAAGUCGUCGACCAAGCUCGGGGGUGGGGAGGGCGCCAUCGUCGAGAUGCAGACGUACUAUGCGGGCCCGGACGGCUGGGGCAUCAUCUCGGACAUCGAUGACACCAUCAAAAUCACAAAGACGAGCGACCCCGUGGGCAUCCUGCGCGAGACGUUCGUCGAGGACCCGUCGCCCAUCCCCGGCAUGCCCGAGCUGUACGCCACGGUCAAGUCCUUCCUACCCAAGGACACGGCCUGGUUCUACCUGUCGGCGUCGCCGUACAACCUCUACCCCUUCCUCAAGCAGUUCCGCAAGCAGUUCUACCCGCCGGGCACGCUCAUCCUGCGCGACUCGAGCUGGAAGACCGUCGCCGGCCUGCUGUCGGCGCUGACGCUCAACACCGAGGAGUACAAGGUCGACCGCAUGAACAAGAUCAACUCGUGGUUGCCCCGGCGCAAGAUGAUUGUCAUUGGCGACUCGACCCAGUCCGAUCCCGAGGCGUAUGGCGAGGUCUAUCGGACAAGGCCGGGCUGGAUCAAGCUCAUCCUGAUCCGCAAAGCCACAGACGUCGCGUCCUUUGGCAUCGACGACAAGAACGAGCCCGAGCGCUUCGAAAAGGCCUUCAAGGACAUACCGCGCGACGCCUGGCACGUCUUCGAGGACCCUAGCGAGUGCGUCCAGAUCAUCAAAGACACGCUCAAGCAUGGUCACAAGUAGCAGAGGUUGAAGCAAGGAAUGAAUGAAUGGAGGAGAAGGGUUUGUCAGUUUGUACCCAAGGUUUCUCUGGAAUUGUUUUCCCAAACAACCCUACGUGGCUUCGGCCCGGGUUACGAACUCACGACUACGACACGGCGUCUGGACGGGUGGCUCUGAAUUUCCCAGCGUUCUUCUCGCCGCGGUCAUUCUUUAUCAUAGAAUCUGCAAGCGGCGAUUUUGCUCUGCCAUACUUAUUAGACCUGAUUUCUUUUACGAACUGCUCUCAGC